AUAUCCCUUGUUAAAAUCUCUUUUGGAUGCAUGUAGAAUUUUAAGAAUUUUAAUGCAUCUGACAUUAGGCUUACCAUUCCUGUUCAAAAUGAAUCCAGCAUAUAUUUCAGCAAAAAGUCAAGGAAAAACUAUUCUAAAAUAUUCUGUAAAAACAAGAAAGAUUGAAAACGCAUAGUCAAUGAUGCACGUGCAUGUUCACAAAUACACGAAUAUGCUAUUGAUUUUCCGCGGUACUUUUGGCAUAGUGCGCACGUACCUAACGCACAUACACACAUUCAACUGGCGGAGUAGGGUGAGUCCCGGUGCGGAGGGCGUGCGUUUCGUUUUCCUUUGAGAUCGUGAAAGUUUACAGCAGCGAGCAGCCGAAGAUAGAGUGCUACGAAUAUGCUUAUUCUGUGGCCAUUGAAAAUCGAACGUAAUAUUUGUCAAUCGAUUAUUUGGUAAUCAACAAUCGUGAUUAAAGUAUUGGAUAUUGGAUAGUAAUUAUCCGAACAUUGACACGAGACGAACAUUCUCAAGCCAAUUGUUAUUAUCCUAAUUCUUGAAAGGAUUCACGUUGCUUCUUCCUUUGGAGUGGAAGAAGAUUCUUUAUAUUUUAACAAGAAUUACAUUUGAACGCGGAAUAAUAUAAUUUACCGGAGAUCUAAGUGACUUGAAGAAAAAAAAGCGCACGACAGUGUCGUCUGCUAUACAAGAUAAAUUUAUACUGAAGAGACCCCGGUUAACGGGGGUUAACAUCAUCGGGACGGCAGAUGUCAGAAUGCCAGAGCAGAGCAAUGAUUACCGCGUGGUGGUGUUUGGAGCGGGUGGUGUUGGCAAGAGCUCUCUCGUAUUGCGUUUCGUGAAAGGAACCUUUCGUGAAUCUUAUAUACCUACUAUCGAAGAUACAUAUAGACAGGUGAUAAGCUGCAAUAAAAAUAUAUGCACGCUUCAAAUUACCGACACAACGGGGUCUCAUCAGUUUCCCGCGAUGCAGCGGCUUUCUAUAAGUAAAGGUCAUGCCUUCAUCCUCGUAUAUUCGGUGUGCUCACGGCAAAGCCUCGAGGAAUUACGACCAAUCUGGGCCAUUAUUAGAGAACUUAAAGGGCAGGAUAUAUCACAGAUACCUAUAAUGUUGGUUGGAAACAAAUGUGAUGAGAGUCCAUCAGUGCGUGAAGUAUCGAUGAGCGAGGGUGCAGCAGAAGCCGCGAAUUGGGGUUGUGGUUUUUUGGAAACAUCUGCCAAGACGAAUCAUAACGUGAACGCCUUGUUCCGUGAUCUAUUGAUGCUCGAAAAAAAUAGAUCAGUAUCGUUACAGCCUGUACAAAGUAACAACGCGAUCAGUCUGAAGGAGAAAUGCUGCGUAAUGUAACGAGCCGAAAGUGGAACAAGAAGAAUAAGAAGUUGCAAUACAGACGCAUUUUCGACAGGCGACAAGAAGCUAAAAAAAUGACAAAAGUAACAAGUCGUCGUUGUUGUCAUUCUUUUGACCCGGCAUAACAUCGGCCACGGUAGUCUCGACACGACCAGUAAUUAAUAUAGGUUAGAUUUGUGUUAAUAAAAAAGGGAUGAUAGAUAUCCUAGAAGGCUACGUGUCGUACAGGGUAUAUCUAAAAUACUCUUUGUUCAUUAAGAAACUUAUUCUUGCGCUAAAAAAGUAAUUUUUUGAAACGUUUCGAAUUCAAUUCUUCAAAUGAUUGUAUAUUGUAAUGUUAUGUUCGUAAGAGACAAAUGCAAAUCGAUUGUUCAUACGAAAGUCGAUUCGAAAUAUUAAGAUUAUUUUUAGUCUCUUUCUAACGAAACGUUACUCCAUCGACAAUUUUUUUCAAUUUUGAUACAGAGUAAUGUACUUGGUCUCCUAGAUUUCACAAGACCAACGAUAAAUACGCGUUUUUUUACAUGGGAUUCGCGAUUCACAUAUAUACAAUAUACAUCUCAUCAUUCUUUCAUGCAGUGAUUUGUGAAUCGCGAUUCAUGUAUAAUACGCAUUCAAACGUAUGGAGAAUCAUCCGAUGCAAUAUUUAAUUUCGCAGCAUUAUUCAAUUUACUACGUAAUAAGCGAUUUUUAAUUAUUUUAACUAUACUUCGAAAAAAAAUCAGCAGCGGCAAAUCAAUCGAGGAUACGCGAAAUCUGAAUCUGAAUUUUACGAGAAUCAUCGUUUGAAUAUUUUCAUAAGUGUAUGAUGAAUAUCCGUCAUAUAUGAAUCAUGAUUCACGAAUCGUCAUAUAAAAAAAGGCGAUUAUUUUAUACUAGUAAGCUCGUUACAUUUUGGCUUUCAUCCGUUUGGCUAUGUCGAGUUUACUAUGCAAGAGGCGUGAUUAUUUGAACCGGCAAUAACCGAUCUUUAUAUUAAGAACCAACACCAAAAAACGAUUUUACAUGCCCAAUGAAACAAAAUGGAUUUUUCCUGAAAGAGUAACCGGUACAAAAUUGUAAUAAUGAAUAUAUAAGAGAUAUACUGAAUAUGAUUCAAAAAAUAAUAUGCUCUUUCACGAAAAUCUUCCAAGAUCGCUGUCUGAGACUACUGCGAUCAUUAAUUUUGGGACCGGUGUCGCACAAGUUUCUUCAGCUAGGAAUAUAGCAUAAGGGGGAACAUGCGAACAAGAAACAACAAAAUUAGGUAAAAGUUGUUACAAGAUUGGUUUUUGUUGAAUAGUUGUAAGGUUUUUGUAACGAUGCUAAUUAGGAUUUAUUACGUCACGUUGAUAUAAACAUA